CAGAACAGGGACAGCUGAGAAGAAAAUAUCUGACACAGAGAAAGGAAUGAUGGAGUUUAGUAACCAACUGGCCAUGCUGGGAUCUCUGAUCCAGGAAUAUGGACUGAUGCAGAGGAGGCUGGAGAACAUGGAGAACCUGCUGAAGAACAGGAACUUCUGGAUCCUGAGGCUUCCCCCAGGCACUAAGGGAGAAGUCCCCAAGGUGCCAGUGACGUUCAAUGAUGUUUCCGUCUAUUUCUCUGAGCAGGAGUGGGGGAAAUUGGAUGACUGGCAGAAAGACCUUUACAAGAAUGUGAUGAAAGGCAACUAUGAAUCAUUGAUCUCACUGGACUACGCCAUCUCCAAACCUGACCUUCUGUCCCGGAUUGAACGGGGGGAGGAGCCGUGGGGGGGGGCUCAGGAGGACUCCGAGGAGAGCGCGAUCCCAAUGGAGCCUAGCACAGAAUCGCUGAGCCUUACUCAUGACACUGUAUCGUGGGUAAAACAAGAAGACCUGUACAUCAGGGAUCAGUGGGACUCAGAGGAGAGAGAGAUCUCUACAGAGCCCAACACAGCAGAUGACGAGGCUGUAGUCAAAGCUGAGGAGGGAAUCCCGGUGAGCCUGGAGCUGUACAGCACGUUGCCUGGACGACCAGAAGAGACUGUUUUCCAGUACCCUGAGCAGGAACCGAUCUGUGAUGAUCAGGGCAACGUCAGCAUCCAGGGAGAAUACCCUGAUGGGAACAGACUGGGGGACUCGGCUGCAGGCGAGGGAGACUUCAGUAACUUCACCACAAUCAUUGUCCAAGAGGAGAGCCUCCCAGGAGAGGCGCCGUACAUCUGUUCUGAAUGUGGGAAAAGCUUCCUCUACGAGCAGCAGUGCGUACUGCACCAGAGGAUCCAUGGCGGAGCCUACACGCCUCCUGAGUGCAGGGAGAGCUCCAAGCAAAACCACUGCCUCAAAUCCUGCCCACAGAGCCAGCCGGGGGAGAGACUCUAUAACUGCCCUGAGUGCGAGCGGAGCUUCCCUCACAAGUCGAGCCUCAGCAAACAUCAGCUCUCCCACACGGGGGACCGGCCGUACACCUGUGCUGAGUGCAAGAAGAGCUUCCGGCUGAAGAUCAACCUCAUGAUACACCAGAGGAGUCACGCGGGGAAAAACAUUGGCUUGUAUAUCUGCAACGAAUGUGGGAGGGGCUUUAACCACCAUUCGAACUUCAUUAGGCACCAGAUGAUCCACACUGGGGAGAGACCCUAUGGCUGCACCGAGUGCGGGAAAACCUUCAUGCGGAAGGAGCACCUCCUGACCCACCGGCGCCUGCACACGGGAGAGCGGCCCUACCAGUGCACCGAGUGCCGGAAGAGCUUCACCCGCAAGCAGCACCUGGUGGGACACCAACGCAUCCACACGGGGGAGAAACUCUGGGGGACGCUGGCAGCACAGAGACGCUUGCACGACCUGCCAGGCAAAGCGCACAGGGGAGAGCCUGUGUCGCUGCACUCGAUGCACAAGGAGUUCCCCCCGUAGAUGCUGUGUUAAAUGCUACCAGGGAGCUCUGGCUGGGGACAAUGAUCAUGAUGGCAUCUGAGUGAGACCAAGUCUCUGGGUGUUGAACAGAGAACUAAAUGGCAGCAGGAUGAUCUGUGGAGAGGUCUAGGCUGCUGCUUUGUUAACAGUUGAGUCCAUUCCCACUAUGGCAAAAAAACAGCUAGGCAGCCUCAGUGCUCCAUGGGAAGCUUGUUGUUCUUUUCCUGUGUUUCUCUCUUGCUAAUUCAUUACACUAAAGGUAGUUGCAUCUUUCUUA